UAUAUAUUUCUAGACCUUAGAUUUACCGUUGCCUUACUGUGGUACGGUGUUGUUGAAACAACACACACCUGCUUGACGUUUCCUUCCCAAAUUUCGACAUUCAUAUUAGUAGCUUGAGUACAGCAUGCAACCAAAGAUCCAGAGCCAAGCUGAGCUGCCGAUGGCUGCGUACAGAAGAAAGACCCACUCUAUCAACAUGAAUGAAGAUUCUAUUCCGGCUGCUGAUGUACUACCUUUAAUAAUGGAAAACAGAGAAGCGACUGCAAAACAGAGCCAGUUCUAUCUAGCAUUUCGUCUGCUUGCUUUUGCAGCGAAAGUUUGUGGCCUUCUUCCAUUGGGAGACGUUCUCACUUAUGAUGUUAACAGUUUGUAUUUCCUGUGGAAUUCGUUUUCUUUCUUGUAUUCUUGUAGCGUCGUUGUCUGCCAUUUUAUUUUAGGUUCUAUACACAUCUAUCUCAAUGCCCAUUUUAUGUUUUAUACAGAUCAACAGAGUGCUCUUGUGACAUCGGUACUGACCAGUGUCCAAUACAUUCUUCCGUUUCUAAGCAGUCUAACUAUGAUCAGUGCGACUUCUCAGUUUCCCAGAUAUUGUCAGAAGUGGCUAAAAGUGGAACGUCGGGUGGGGCUUCACGUGCAUGCUGUCAGCCUUCAUCGAUACGCUAUCAACUUGCUCUUUUGUCCUCUAAUGUUCUUCACGGUCCCUCUUGUCUUACGUAGUGUUGCUGACGGCUUGAGUUGGAGUUUUUGGAAAGUUCUACUGUUCUUCGCUAACCUGUACACCAUCACAGCCAUUUUCAUCCCUUUCUGCGUGUUAUUAUUUCUCUGUUUGGCUCUAAGGCUUAGCUUCAACAAGUUUACUGAGAUCCUGGAUACCACCUUACUGGCCUCCAAAGAAGACAUCAGUACAGAAGUCGAGGGACUCAGAAGAGACCACGCCUUCUUAUGUAAUCUAGCUCGGGAAACCGACGCCAUGUUUAGUACCUUGGUGUUUGUAGCUGUGCCGAGUGUUCUGUGCUGCUUCGUGGGUCAGCUGUGCUUUGCACCCCAGUCACCAGAAAAGAGUAUCUUACACUUAACUGCCGAAGUCUUUGAAAUUGUACUGGUUGUCAUCUUCUGUUUGGCCCUAGUUCUAGCAGCAGACGACGUCACUAAACUGAGUACUGAUUGCUUACCCUGUCUUCAUAAAGUCAGGACCCUUAAUGUUUGUCCAAACAGCAAAUUUGAGAUUCAACUAUUGACCCUCGAGGUCCAGGAGUCAUCGGUGAAGUUCAGUGGGCAGAGGUUUUUUUAUCUUCACAGAGAGUUGCUGACCAAGGUGGCUGUGUUUGGUUUCAUGAUGAUCUUGGUGAAAUCUGGUGUUUUCAAUUGUCUUAUUACUGGUAAUUCAUCUUUGACAACCAGGCUAGCAGCAACUAAUAAGCCUAUCACAGAACAAUGAGUUCAUGCAGUACUAUGCAGUUUGCACUGUGUGGUGUUGGUUGCAUUAACAUGCCACAUCAAAGGUUGCAGUUUUCAUUCAUCACUUUAAAUCCCAGUAAGAUAACUUCCAACAUAUUCUCAUUCGAUAACUUUAUUAUCAAGAGUUUGAUU